AUGACGACACAAUUUACGAAAUUAUUUUCAUUCAUACUUGCUAAUGUGUAUGAUCCAGCAAUUAAUGACGAUACAGCAUCGCGGAUCCCAUGCUACAGUUGUAUGAGUCCAUAUCUUGAGCAUCAAUAUCUCUAUGUAUCUCAUUUAUACAGGCGACCAAGCGGUUUCACUGAUAAUUUUGAUGCGCGAAGUGUCAAAUGGAAAAAUUGCUCUGAUAUGUGCAUAACGAUGCGCAUAAAUGAUCGGGUCGGUGGUCGUCGAAGAGAGGGGUUUCUUCGCGGUUGUAUGUCAGAUAUACUUCAUUACAACCAAACGAUAGCUUCGUUAAGUUCAUCGGGUUUUUGUGCCAUUGUUAGAAUGCGAGAUUUAUUUGUUUCCACUGAAAAAAGACAUUGUUUUUUCUUUUUAUUUCUAUUUUUGAUCCCUGUUUAA